AUGGCACACAUACAAUUUGUAGACGAAUUAGUUCGAGAAUACCUGUUAUUCAGAGGUUUUUCAUCAACGGUAAAAGCGUUUGACAGUGAUUUAAAAGCAGAUAAAGACAAAGGUUUCCGAGUUGAUAAAAUAGUAGAACAGGUUGUGCAUUACAUUAAUGUAUCGGAUAUUAGUGGGUUAAAGGAAUAUUGGUCACACUUGGACGCUUUGGUUUUCUCGAAGCUAGAAAGUCAUGUUCAACCAGCUGUUCGGAAAUUAGAAUAUAGUUUGUACAAGCUAUAUCUUGUGACAGCUGCACAAAGCACUGGCGGUGUUCGCAAUGAGAGGAUUGCUGACUUUUUAACUAAAAUGAUACCUGAACUGCAAGGGCAGGUUGAGUGGAGAGAUUGGUUUAACGAAUUAGUUCGAGAAUACCUGUUAUUCAGAGGUUUUUCAUCAACGGUAAAAGCGUUUGACAGUGAUUUAAAAGCAGAUAAAGACAAAGGUUUCCGAGUUGAUAAAAUAGUAGAACAGGUUGUGCAUUACAUUAAUGUAUCGGAUAUUAGUGGGUUAAAGGAAUAUUGGUCACACUUGGACGCUUUGGUUUUCUCGAAACUAGAAUGUCAUGUUCAACCAGCUGUUCGGAAAUUAGAAUAUAGUUUGUACAAGCUAUAUCUUGUGACAGCUGCACAAAGCACUGGCGGUGUUCGCAAUGAGAGAAUUGCUGACUUUUUAACUAAAAUGAUACCUGAACUGCAAGGGCAGGUUGAGUGGAGAGAUUGGUUUAUGCUACCAUUCGUACAGAAACCAGAAGAGAAUCCAUCUUUCAGCCUGUACUUCACGAGAUCUUGGCAGGACAGUGUAUUGGUCUCGUUACACAAUCUUUUGGCUACUGUGUUUCAAUGCAUGCCACAACCAACGUUGACAAGUUAUGAAAGUGAUGCAGCUAUGGUUAAGAGGCUGCAGGACAAACUGGCAACAGUAUCGGGAAAGGCCCAGCCACAGCAAGCAGUUGAAAAGACAUCACCAAUUGGUCAUCAAUCCCGUCUCUCUCAAUAUUCCGAACGGCUCAGCGGUCCCUUGCCUCUAGUCGACGACUUCUGCGCAAUCCCAUCAGAGCAACUCGAGAGUGGAGUCCGCGAAGCCAAAGGACUCCGCAGCCUCUUACGACAGAUGGGAGGGAGUCCCGUGAUGGGUAGAAAACCUGGACGAUCUCAAAGCCAAAACUAA